GUCCAACGUAGUGUGAUGUGCCUCAAGAUGUCUCCCACUCAUAAUCUGUUUACAUGAUUUUUUGUUCUUGGGGAUGUCUUUUAUCAUGUGCGCUUGUCCCUCUUGUCUCGUCUUGUUUUCGGCUCUUUUAUCCUUUGUUUUGUCACUCGAUAACUCUUCUAAUUCUUGUUUUGUUUUUACCAUGUUUUGCACCAGUUAAGGCUAUGAGAUUCGAAAUAUGUCUUGCGACUCCGUGAGAGAGAGAAAGAGAGGUACAUCUUGGGCUUACUUGAAAUGGGCCAUGCCAUGGUCGAUACAGCCCAAAUGAUGCUGUUGACUGGUUGCUCCGAAUGAACUCCAGAUGCCAAUUUGGGAACGGGAAGAGGACGCAGAGCGACCGACCGAGUCGAAUGGAGAAUCCGAAAUUAUCAAUCUUUCUUGUCAACCUCUUCUGUAUUCUCAGUCUUUGCAUCGCCAUCGAAUCACCCCAAUACGAUGUUGUUCAUACAGAAUCAGACUUCGAAAUCAGAUUUUACAGAAAGUCCACUUGGAUGUCGGCGCCCGUCCAAGACCUAUCCUUCGAGAAAGCUACUAAACAUGGUUUCCACAGACUGUUCCAGUACAUACAAGGUGCCAAUCUGAAUUGGUCAAGGAUUGCCAUGACUGCUCCUUUCUUGACAAGCAUUGUCCCAGGGACUGGCCCUCUUCACUCGUCCUCUUAUCUUGUCCAACUCUAUCUGCCGGUUAAGUUUCAAGCCUCACCACCUCUUCCCCUUCCUGAACUGAAACUGAAGCCCUGUGGUUGGGAAGCUCAUUGCGUUGCAGUUCGAAAGUUCUCUGGAUUUGCAAGGGAUGGGAAGGUCAUAAAGGAGGCAGAGCAACUCGCCACCAGCUUGAGUAGGUUCCCUUUGGUGAAUGCCACCUCUGAAAGGGGUUAUGCAUAUGCCAUUGCCCAAUACGACUCGCCCUUCCGGUUGAUUGGACGAGUCAAUGAAGUCUGGGUCGAUGUCAAUGCAGCCGAUUUGGAUGGAUGUAAAUCCAGUGCCAUUGCUGCAUUCUAAGUUAAAAGUGGUGGGGGAAUCAGCAAUCAUGUUUCAAUAUGUGCAUAUGAAGUGUGAUGUUUUUCAUGCCUGUCUAAAAAAACAUUCUUGAUGUUUUUCAAUACAGUUGAUGUAUUUGAUACUACAAUUUUAUUGAAUGAAUCGAAUGUAUAUGACAC